AUGCAUCUCCCAUCUGCUUUCCUGACCACAAGGGCGCUGCUGGCCGGCCUGGUAGGUUCAGGCGAUUCCUCUCUGGAGGCGCGAGACGAGGUCAAUUCGUCCGCCCAGUUCGUGGACGUUACUGGUGAAGGUACCCAGUGCUGGCUUCACCUCAACCAGUUCUAUGGCUGCACCGGGUCGAGCAACGUUCCUAUCGGGGCCUGGGGUGAAGAUGGAGUAUGCGUUGGAUCCGGGGUCGUGUCGGAGGAUAUCUGUGAUACCGCUUCUAUCUCGGUGGACUUCGAUGACCAAACCGUCACCUUCUAUAACCCAGCGGAGUCGCAGCUCGAUAUUGAUUCCUGGGUUCAGAACUUUGCCAAUAAUCAGACGGUGAAUUAUUAA